AUGUUCAAACAGCUAUCGCAGUUGGGUAAAAACUUCACCGAUGAGCUAGCGAAAGGCUUAACAGAUGAGCUAAAUGAAGGUCAAGAACUGUUUGACAAAAACAGUGAUUUACCGGUAGAAAUUCAGGCUAAGUUGAGAAAGUUUGAGAAAUACGAACAGAAAUAUCCAUUACUUCUUAAUGCAUACAAGGCGGAGAAAGCUAAGCUGGAAAAAGUGGUUGUUUUGCAAAAAAUAAUAUGUGAAAACACUCCGGUAUCGUCGCUGGACGACUUAGAUUCACUGACAAGCUUCUUUCAGAAUACAAAUCUGAAGGUUGAGAUGCUCAAUGGUGAGGUUAAGCGGCUCACUUCAGAAAAGAAUGAGAAACAAGUUGAGAUAGAAGCGUUGAACGCAAAAUUAAGCGGUUCUCAAGGUUCAGGUGACGCAGACAGAUCGGUGGAGGCAGUGGAGGGCCACAGCUCUGAAUUCCAACAUAGGCUGGAAGAACAGGAAAAAGUGAAUGAGUCUCUUCGAAGAGAGCUUGAGACCAAAGAUAAAGAACUUGAAAGGACCACUGCUGAUUUGGCAUCUUCGAAAAAGAACAUCGGUGAGUCAGUCACCAUAAGGGCGGAACUUGAAACUGCUAAAGCGAAGCUUACUGAUAGCGAACAGAUGUUUAUAAACAAAGAGAAGGCCCAUCUUGAGAUCACAUCAGAAUUGGACAGUGUUAGGCGUUUGCUUGAGCAAAAGACAAUGGAACUCAGCCAAGCGGUAUCAAAAUUAGACUCAAACCGCUCCACCGAGAGUGGAGUUUCGAAAGGCGCUUCGAAAACAAAGAAUAAAAAGAGGAAGGGCAAAAAUAAUGCAUACAGGGUUGAACAUCAACAGGAAGUAACAAAUGACGAGAGGGAGAGAGGCACUCCAGCUGAAAUAAGGCAACUGACCGAUCUGCAACAAGAGUUUGAUGCUCUGCAGGUUAAGUAUGACGUUUCACUCAACGAUCUCGACACCUCUAGACAAGAACUUCAGAGUCUGAAGGAGACUAAUGCAGGAAUUGAAGAACUGCGCAAUGAAAAAGAGGACUACCACAAACAGCUACAGGAUACAAAAGAACAGUUGAAAUUUAAAAAAGAGGAGCUGGAUAAUAAUAAAGAAAUCUUAAAAAGUGUAGGGAAUGAACUAGUGUCCGCUAAAGAUCAACUUAAAAAGCUCGAUUCUGGAGAUAAAGUCAAGGUAGACGCCCUAAAGUCUGAACUGGAAUCCAUUCAGCAGAAACAUUCUGAGAACAACCAAUCCUAUGAAAUAAAACAGAACGAGCUCGUAGAGAAAGUAAGCUCCCUGGAGGCUGAAAUGGCCACGUUAACGGAAGAAAUUCAAAAGUUGGGGGCGGCCCUUGAUGUUUCUCAAAAGGAAUACGAAGAAUUGUCAUCGAAGUUGAAGAAAAGUGAAAACACAAAUGCCAAGCUAAGAAGGGAAAACGAGUCUCUCACAGAGGGGGUGAGGGAAGUUCCUGCUUUGAGAAAAUCUGAGAGUAAUCUCAGGUCAUCUUUGCUUCAGAAGGAGAAGACGAUUGUCUAUCUCGAACAGCAAGUGAAGGAGUACAGUGCUAAAGAAGCCCAGACAAAUAAAUUGCUUCGUGAAUCAAAGGCCGAAAGCACCAAGCUUACCGCAAAAGUGGAUCAACUUACGAAACUUAACGAAGAAAUGACUAACGAGGUAAAAAAGAGCGAGCAGUCAAUGGAAAAGUUCAUAAAGAAUAACGGAAGCCUGAGCGAAAAACUCGAGGUUUUGAACGAGAAAUACGAGACGUUAAAGAAUGUCAAGAGCGUGUCGCAUGAACAAGUCGGAGUAAUAAGAAGACAAUGCGAUGAACUCAACAUUAAAUUAAAGGAGGCCAACAAGCGCAUCGGAUUCUUGGAAGAUGAACUUGAAGAGUCCGUCCUUGCCUCACAUGAAAAGACCAAAGAGCUCACCAGCAUACGUCGCGUAAUAGCCGAAGGCCAAUCGAAUGAAGAGUUGAAAAUUCAAAAACUGGAAAACAGUCUGGCUGCUGCGCUGGAAGAUAAAGAGAGAUUGGAAAGUGAUUUUGCCUUACAAACCACAAUGCUGAAGCAAAGAACACAGGAGUUAAAGCAGACUAAUGAGACGCUCAAACUCCACUACCAGGAGCUUCAGUCGAAAGAAAAGAGUUACGUGACUGAAAUUGCCAAGCUCAAGUCUUCAAAAGAAGAGGUACAAAAGGCAAGUAGCGCAGGGUCUGGAAAAGCACAUGAAUUAGAGCGAUCGUUACUCGAGAUGCGUAACACUUUAUCUAGCUCCGAGAAAAAGUUGCGUGAAUUAGAGGUCGCCAAUGGAAAUUUCAAGGAGUUGAAUAGUGACUUGACCCAGAAACUUGAUAGAAUAUCAAAAAAUUAUAAACAGAUUUCAAACCAGCUUGCUGCUGCAAAAGAGAAAAGUGCCUCUAGAAGACCGAGCAGAUCCAAUUCGGUGUUGUCGAUUCCUGAUCAAAAUACGAAUGACACAUCUCGUCGCGCGUCAUACUCUGACGAUCGGGGGAAGCAGUCACAAUCUGAUACCAACGAUAAAAUUGCAUACAUCAAAAACGUCUUGUUAGGUUUCCUGGAACAUAAGGAACAGCGGGAGAUGCUGCUACCCGUGGUCUCCACGCUGUUGCAACUGGACAGCAGCGACGAGAAGAGGCUUUUGGUGUCUAUACGAUGA